AUGUGUAAGAUGUUUACGUUCAACGGCACUUACAAGUGGGUGGACGCGCUACCGUGUCUCGUGUCAGAUUACAAUGUGCGCAAGUAUAGCACUAUCGACUUGCGACCCGUUGACGUAACUCCCGCGAUCGCCAAAAGACUCUUGGACACAGUGUACAGCGCGAUAAAGAUCGCAGGUCCAGCAAAAUUCAAAACCACCGAGGUGUUUAAAAUCAUUAAAAUGCAGCGUACUAAUCUCGUAACCUAUUUGCUUGAGGACUAUCACGGAAAAUUCACUGGAGCGUUCUACGAGCACGAGUUGCAUUGCGCGACUCAUCUGGACGUGUAUCUCGUGGAGACAGUAUUGCGCAGGAAAGGAGACAAGUGGCUGGGAAUCGAUGGAUCACAUAAUUCUUUAUGUCAAGUGGCUAAGAUUCGAUGGAUCGCAUAA